UUCGAUAUGAGUAUACUUAAUUAUUUUUCUUAAUUUUAAGUUCUUUUUCAUAUAUUUGGAGGAUUAAACCCCUAUAUCCAUGUCAAUAUGUGUGCCACAAACAAGUGUUGGACAAGAAUACUUGGAGAAGUGAAGAGAGUGGAUAACUCGGGCAAUUGAUGUUCAUGAAUCCCGGAAAAGAAACAUGAUAGUGGGGUUUAGCUUUUGUCUUCAAUGGAUUGACAAAUGCCUUUUUUAACUCGUCAAAAGUUUGAAUUGUUAGAACAGUUUAGAACUUCUUGAAUUUAAUGUUUAGCAAUCCCAAUAAAUAGUUAAGAUUAUGUUUAAAGGUUUUUAUGGAGAUUUGAAGCGAUCUUUUCCGUUUUGGGAAAAGUUACAGGCAAUUUUUGUCAUUGGAACACAAACAGAUUAGGCAUGAUUCCUUGGCUUUUAGCCUUUUACUCGUAUUAUAAUCAGCUAGCAUAUAUGGUGGCUAUGGUUUUGGGUCGUGGUUCUUUGCAUGAGUAUUAUUGAUAUCUGCAUGCCCUUCGUUUUAUAAGAUACGUGAUCAUGAUAGCGCAUUUUAUCCUGAGAUCGAUCUAUAGCUUCAUUAAAUAAGAUGCUUGAUUGUCAACUGCAGAAUUCCUAAAGAGGAAGGGUUUUCUUUGUAAACCUUGCUAUUCGUAUUGCUCAUUUGUUAGAUUUCAGAGUUCAAUGAGUUACCUUUUAAGCGUAACGGUUUCACUUCUCUUAACUUCGAGAGCUUUCUGUUUUUCUUUCCUUAUCUGCUCUAAAGUUUGGUUGGAAGCUUACUCAUGGUACAGCCAAUGUCUCAUUAUGACUUGUAAUUAUUGAUAUCGAGGGUAUAUGCAUAGAAAGAACAAUAGCAUUAUUGAGCUUAUAGAUUUUGUUGUCUUUUUUCUCUUUUCCUGACUAAAUAAGAAGAAAAAUAUCAGUCAUGUAUUUAUAAAUUAUUAAAUUUACAAAGUGUUGAUCGUAAUCUGCUAGUAAAUGGUAAAAUGCUUCUCUAUUCUGAAUUGUCCAGACUCAGGUUUGAGUGUUAGAUAUGGAGUGUCUGAGAUGGGUACUUCAGGAAAAUUGAAGAAUCGGAGAAAUAUUAGGUGGCCAGCAUGGCCUUAAUACGAACCUGCAGUGAUGUUGAGAAGGAAAGGAACAGUAACAAGAUUUGCAGAAAAGGAGAUUUAUUUGCUGCAAAUACUAUGAUGAAUCAAGACAAUGAACAAGACAAUAACCCUGAUGCGUUAGAUGAUUUUCUGCUAAAGCGCAAACGUGGUCGCCCAAGAAAGCACCCAAAACAUGAUUUAAAUCAGGGGGAGAAUGCUCAGAUGCCUUGGAAUCAGAACCUGAACCAUGCUGAGAAUGCCCAUGUCCCACCUGGAUUUGGAGCAGUGAAUGGAAACCGACCCCACCAAGUGAAUCCUGAUGCAAAUGACGUAAUGGUUGGUCAGGCUGUUAGUGGUGUUAUUGAGGCAGCAUUCGAUGCCGGAUAUUUGCUUACUGUUAGGGUUGGCAACUCUGAUACCACUUUAAGGGGCGUGGUCUUCAAGCCUGGGCAUUAUGUUCCCGUUUCAGCUGAAAAUGAUGUUGCUCCUAAUCUCCAAAUGAUUAGACGAAACAAGAUUCCCUUCCCACGGGAGAGGAAUGGAACAGCUCAUCCACUCAACGGACCAGCUCUCGCCAACCAGGUGCCACGAGCCCGGGCUUCGAAUCUUGGAGCCAUAAAAAACAAGAAUGUGCAGCCAGCGGCAACACAAUUCAAUUCACUACUGUCCAGGGGCACGGUGGUGCCUGUUGUGCUCCAACCUGCUAGUUUAUCAAAUGGGAAAGUUUCCAGCCAACAAUUAAGCCAACCUCCUCAUUUGGUCUCAAAAGGCAAACAAUUGUCUGGAGCUGCCAAUGCAACAAAUGAGGAAAAACCUGUCAACCAGAUACCAACAGUUGGAAACCCGAUAUUUCCUACUCAACCUCAACCUCGGAGUAGUAACCACACCGUGCCCAAAGGCAUACAAAGUGAAACUGUUUCAUAUAGUCAACUUCCAGCAGACGGUUUACAGGAUAAAGAUGCCAAGUCGAUGACUGGCAUGCCAUUUGAGAAACUACUAUCUGAAGUCAUGAAAAGAGUUCAAGUCCCCCUACAACCACCAGAAGUUCAAGGUGGUAAUUUGUCGGUCAAAGAGUUGGGAAAUAAACUGGAAGAUGAUCAGGCACUCUCUAUCGAACCACUACAAGCGGUACAGUCCACUCAUUCUUCUUCUAUGCUCAAACCUUUGGAAAAUUUCAGAACUGGCAAGAUGACUGAGCUGUUGCAGGCUGUUCAAGAAAACAUGAGAGAAAACCAAGCAUCUCGGAUCGAACAGCCAGCCAUCAGUUCUGAAGGAACCAUGCUCAGAGAUGAAGCAACGCAUGAUUCAAACAAGCAGUCAUAAGUUUGGAGUGUGGAAUGUUGUAGAGUGUUUUAGUAUAAUGAAAUAGACUAUGUAAAAUGUUUUAAAAUCCUAAACAAGGUGAAGGAGCUAGACUUCCCCGAAGGGCUAACCUAACCUUAAAAGUUAGAGAAGGCUGCAGCAUCGGAUUUUCUUUGCUCUAACCCUUUUAGGAUUAGAACUGUUGCCAUUACUUAGAAUAAAGCUUUUCGUUUUUCAGUUUAUAGAUAUAUAUAGAAAAGCUAUCUUUAUGUAACUUUAGGCUUUGUCAUAACUUAGUAAACAGGGAAAGACCAGUUUCUUGUUAAA